UUGUCUAUAUUUGAGGUGGACAAGAAGUGAGAGGGUACUGAAACAUUCCUGAAAGUGUUCACUUACAGUAUUAUUAUAAUAGUAGGGAGGAGGAGGAAGAAGAGGAUCCCCAAUAGUGGUAGUCUUUAAAGCCCAUUCCUGGGGGAAACUGAUACUCAUUAUUAGACCAUUACCAUCCCACCAAUCUGUGCCACCUGCAGUUACCCUUCUGUCCAUACUGUAGUACCAAUAUCUAUUGACUCUGUUUUUCAAUUUUUUAUUUACUGAUAUCCAAUAUUGCUGUUUCUCUCCCAACUUCUCUUAUUUCUGUGUAUUGGAAUAACAUUCAAUAUGAAUAAGAGAGGAAAAUACACAACAUUGAAUUUAGAGGAAAAAAUGAAGGUCUUGAGUAGAAUUGAAUCCGGGCACUCUCUUAAAAGUGUAAUGGAUGAAUUUGGAAUCAGUAAAUCAACAUUUUAUGACAUUAAAAAAAAUAAGAAAUUGAUUUUGGACUUUGUGUUAAAGCAAGAUAUGCCAUUAGUUGGAGCAGAGAAAAGAAAAAGAACAACAGGUGCCAAAUAUGGUGAUGUUGAUGAUGCAGUAUACAUGUGGUACCAACAAAAGCGAUCAGCUGGUGUUCCUGUUAGAGGUGUGGAACUUCAGGCUGCUGCUGAGAGAUUUGCAGAGUGUUUUGGUCGAAAAGACUUCAAAGCCAGCACUGGUUGGCUUUUCAGAUUUCGAAAUAGGCAUGCAAUAGAGAACCGAAAAGUAUGUGGGGAACAAAUUCUGAAUUCAGUUUCAGAAAAUGCUGAACCUUUUAGACAGAAGCUAUCUUUGAUCAUCAAACAAGAGAAACUGUGUCUGGCGCAGGUGUACAAUGGGGAUGAAACCGAUCUCUUUUGGAAAUCAAUGCCAGAAAAUAUUCAGGCAAACAAAAAAGAUAUAUGUAUGCCUGGACGGAAAAUAAACAAAGAACGAUUGUCAGCCCUUUUGUGUGCAAAUGCAGAUGGGACCCACAAGUUAAAGUCAGUUAUUAUUGGAAAAUCAAAGCAGCCUAGGUCUAUUAAGGAUGAUAUAAAUGCUUUAUCAGUGAUAUACAAAUACAGUAAGGAUUUCUGGUUCACCAGAGAAUCAUUUUCAGAAUGGUUCUUUCAAAACUUCAUUCCUGAAGUUAGAGAUUUUCAGCUUAAUGUCCUGGGGUUGGAUGAAAAGGAUGUAAAAGCAGUGUUACUCUUAGAUAAUUCUCCAGCCCAUCCUUCAGCUGAGUCUCUAAUUAGUAAUGAUGGGAGAAUCAAAUGUAUCUUCUUCCCCCCAAAUACUACAUCAUUGAUUCAGCCAAUGAAUCAGGGUGUGAUCUUGAGCUGCAAACGACUUUAUAGAUGGAAGCAGCUUGAAGAGAGUCUAGUAAUUUUUGAAGAGAGUGAUGAAGAACAGGAAACAGGAGAAAAAACAGUUGCAAAAAUCAAAGCUUAUAACAUAAAAAAUGCAGUUUCUAACUGGGCAAAGAGUUGGGAUGAAGUAAAACAAAUAACAAUAGCAAAUGCAUGGGAAAAUCUACUUUACAAAAAAGAACCAGAAUAUAACAUUCAAGGCUUACAAGAUGGUGGUUAUAGAGAAAUUCUUGAAAAAUACAGUGAUCUGGAGACCAAUUUAGACGAUGUCCGGGUGUGGUUAACCAAAGGUAAUGAAGCUCACUCCCCCAAAAUGGAAGAUGUUACUAGGCAAGUUACCCAGGAAGAAAGGGUUGUUGAAGAGCAGGUAGAACAUCAUUCAACAAAGUUUAAAUUAUCCAGCAUUCGAGAGAAUUUGGACUGUCUUCUUAACUUUGUUGAUGCCACACCAGAGUUUCAUAGAUUCUAUUUUACCCUGAAAGAGAUGCAACAAGAACUAAUCAAAAAACAAACCCAGAGAAGAGCCCGCUCUAAAAUUGUUAACUUUUUAAAACCAGGAGUUCGUAAUAUUAAAGAUUGCUUUAAUUUGCCUUCAACUUCUGGGUCCAGUAAUUAAGUCUUCUAUGUUAAAAAGCUUGUAUUUGAUAUCUGUUUGAUAUAGCAGGCUUGGUUUAAAUUGCAAAUUUUUUUCAUUAAUUUCACAUUACUUAUGAGUGCCCAUUUAUAUCUUCAGUUUACAUUAUGUAUAGUACUUGAAAGUAAUAAAUUUGCAUUUCUUUAAAAACAUUCUCCAAUUUGUACAUUUACUAUUUCAGACAGUGGAGAUUUUGUAGUGCUAGGGGGAAAAAUGCAUUGAGAAGCAUAAUGUGGGAAAGUCUUUCAUUCAAAUCCUAAUAUCAUUUCCUAUCAGGAUAAUACACAAAGAGCAGGAGAUAGAAUUGUCAGCAAGUAAAAGUAAUAUAAAAAUGUGCUAGUGAGCAUUUUUUCAUAUGAGACUUUAAAAAAUAUAUGUUACAUGUAUAUCACUGGGCACUGGGAGAGAUACAAAGUAUAUAUAACACAAUUCUAUUGUCAUUGAGCAGUCUGCUCAGGGAAUAAGACAAUAUAAAAUAUAUAUACAAGAGAUAUGCAAACAAAUGAAAUUCAAAAGGGCAAAGGCUUCAUGGAAAUGAGUUAGACUUUGAAGAAUAGGUAGUAAUUCAACAGAUGGAAGGGACAUCUAGAUGGUAGAGGCAGUUCUUCUCAGGCAUUGGAAAUAGGAUGAGAAAAUAAAAGUACAGAGAUGAGAAAACAACCCAUUUGGCUUCUAGAAAAGAAAAAUGUGAGUUAGAGUUGGAAAAAUAAGAUGUGCCAAUUUGUGGAGAGCCCUGAAUCUGAAUACCAGGCUUGAAGUGUUUGGUCCUUUUAGUAGAUAGUAGAGUAAUAAUGAAGAAUUUCGAAUAGAGGAGAGCUAUGACCAGACUUUGUAUAAUGAAGAUGUGUCUAGCAUCAAUGUUAAGUCAUCAAACAUUUAUAAAUUACUUACUGUUUGCCAGGCACUGUUAACUGCUAAAAAUUCAAGAAAGGCAAAAAAUAAUCCAUGCUAUCAAAGCUUACAGUCUAAUAGGGGAGACAAUAGGCAAACAAUUAUGUUCUAAUGAGAUAAAUUGGAGGUAAUCUUAAAAGGCAUGAACAUCAAGGGAGAUUGGUUGAGGCUUGUGUCAAAGUAGGAUUUUAGUUCAGCUGCACAGACUAGUUGUAACUGGACAUUGUUGCUACUGUUUGGGAAGCAAGGGAGAGGAAUUCCCUUACAUUAUUAUUUGCUUCAGGAUGCAAUGGAAAUGUAUUACAGGAAGUCCUCAAGAGCUGACAAUUCCAAAGUAUAUCAUAGCUUGCUCUUUAAGAAUGAGAAGCCGUUUCCUAGCCAAAGCCCUCAUAACUCUUGUGCCUUUUUUUUAUUUCCUGUUCUUUGUAUAGCUUAUUUGUAUAUAUGUUUGCAUAUUUUUCCCCCAUUAGAUUGUAAACUCCUUGGGAUAGAGAUUAUCUUUUUGUCUCCCUAGUGCUUAGCAAUGAACCUGCAUAUGGGUGAUUAAUAAAUAUUGAUUGAAAUUUCCUAUGUCCAGUCAUCUUAAUUGGAGAUUCCUCAUCCACUGCUCUAAUAUUUUUCCUCUUAUUAGGUACUUCUUUGAUUUCAUCAAAUGAGUGCUUUGGAAUACAUUGACCCAUAUCCCCAAAUCUGGACAACUUUGAUAAAUUGGAGAGCAUCUAGAAGUCUUUUUGAGAAUAGCGCUAAUUUAGAGUCAUCUGUAUUAUUUUGGUCAAAGUAUGUGUGUUUUACACACACAAAUGUACGUGUAGUAAUGUGAAUCAAGUAUUAAACAUUCGUUGUGUAUCAGUGUUAAAAACGAGAUACAAAAAAAUUCUGUGUCUUCAGAGAGCUUUUAUUCUAUUCAGGGUGACAAGAGUUAACGUAAAUAAUAGAAAUGAAAUAAAAGCUUUAGAAAAUUGGAAGGAAAAUAAAUAAUCAUAGAAGAAAAAGUGGCAAACCAUAUCUAAGAAAUAGAUUUAUUGAAAACUAGAAUUAACCAAAACAAAUCAAUAAUUUUAUGGACAACAGAACAAAAAAGCAAAAGAUUAAGAAAAAAUAGAAGAGAAUAAGAUAUGAUAAAAAGAACCUAGAAAAUAAUCAGAGAAAGAAUAAUUAGACUCCCUAAAAUUAUGAAAAAAAAUAGCUUGGACAUAUUUAAAGAAAUCACAAAAACUGCCAAUAUCAGGACAAGAGGGUAAAGUGAUAAAAGAUUUUAAGUAAAAUACAUAUGAUGGUUAAUAGUCAUUGUCCAGCAAAUAAAUAAAAGUUCUCAAAAAAAAAAAAAACCCACCACCAAAAACCCUGCAAUUUACAACCACCUGAAAAAAAAAAUCUCCAAACCAUGGAAAAUAAGAGAGAAAAUAAUCCAAACAACUCUGAAAUUUCAUCUUACUACCUGAAAAUUGACAAAAA